AUGCAGCAAUCCAGAAUAGAAGGACUCCUCGCCUCAUUCCCCAAACUCAUUGGAAGUGCAGACCAACAUACAUUCGUCGAAACGGACUCGGUCAGAUACGUCUACCAGCCACUGGAAGAAACAAUGUACAUGGUCCUUGUCACAAACAAACAGUCAAACAUCCUCCAAGAUAUCGAUACCCUGCACUUGUUUGCGAGAGGGGUGUCUGACUAUUGUCGAACACUCGAUGAACGCGAGGUCGCAAGCAAGGCAUUUGAUCUGAUUAUGGUGUUUGAUGAGAUUAUUGCGCUGGGGUAUCGUGAGAUGGUGUCCAUGCCGCAGAUACGAACGAUAAUGGAGAUGGAGAGUCAUGAGGAGCGUGUGCAGGCUGAAAUUGAACGGAAUAAGGAAAAGGAAGCUAGAGAAGAACGUAAUCGUAAAGCUAGAGCACUGGAAAUGCAAAAACGUGAAAUGGCAAAGAAGGGUUAUACUGGUGGUCCACCUUCAAUGUCUGGAUUUGGAAGCUCGUUCGGAAACAGUACUGGUAAUAGUAUGGGAAUGGGUGGUGGAAACUCACAGAGGUCUCCUGUCGCUGUUGACAAUACUCCUGAUCCAUCAUACUCGGCAAGCUCGGCAGCAUCACGUGCUGGUGGAGGACGCGGAAUGCAACUAGGUCGAAAAAACAAUUCAGCAUCUAUACUAGACAACAUCAAGGCCGACGAAGGAAUUGAAGACACACCUGUCCGUGGUGCUGUCGGAGCAUCGUCUAGAACAGCAACCUCAGUCCCUGUAUCAUCGGAAGGUAUACACAUCACCAUUGAAGAGAAAUUGGUAGUCACUGCGAAUCGAGAUGGUGGUUUGCAAUCCAUGGAAGUUAAAGGUGAAAUGCUGGUUUUGAUUGCUGAUGAGGCUAAACAGCAUUUGAGGUUGAAUAUGAAUGUCAAUCAUGAUGGGGAAGCACAAUUCAAGACACAUCCUAGUGUCGACAAGAAGUUAUUUACUUCAGAAAACGCAAUCACAACUCUACCAGGCAAAGCAUUCCCAUUAAACCAACAAGCUGCCUUCUUGAAGUGGAGAAUGCAAACCAAGGAAGAUUCAGCUAUGCCAUUAUCAGUCAAUUGCUGGCCAUCACCAUCUGGCACUGGAUCUUGUGACGUUACUAUUGAAUACGAACUACAACCCAAAAACCUUGAAUUACGUGAUGUUGUUAUUGCUAUACCUUACCCUGGCUCAACACCUCCAACUAUUGGUGAUUUGGAAGGAUCGUAUCGUGUAGAUCGCCAAAAGAGAGUGAUUGAAUGGCAACUACCAGUGAUUGAUACAUCAAAUCGAUCUGGUGUAUUGGAGUUCAGUGUGAAUUCAGAAGAUGUGAAUGGAUUUUAUCCUAUUAUGGUCAAUUUCCGUGCUAGUAGGACGUUUUGUGAUGUCACUGUCGUCAACAUUUCUCACGUCGAUGAUGGAUCAGAACUUACUUUCACCAGAGAUAUAUCCGUGACUACUGAAGAAUACAAGAUUGUAUGA